CGCCGUAAUGGCAGCUCGCCUGCUGUGUCAGUUACAACAGACCGAAGCCGCUCCUCUUCGUUGGGCGGUUCCAGACUGAAAGACGUUUUUCUGAAGAAAGCCACCAACAAAACUAUCAGCGCGGACACAAUCAUGGCGUCCACCGACAACUUACGGUGAAAGUCCGAGCCACGAAGGAGACGCAGUCAGCAAACUUUCACAGGAGUCCCAUUUUCCUCUCGCGGUGGCUUUUAUUUAUUUAUUUUCCUUCUGCGCGUCGUCCUCGUUGGCUCAGGCGGAAUACAGAAAGCGGUAAAACAAGUUGCCUACAUGUCAACAUUGCCUCUCGCUGCGGCGUAAGCAGCUGUCUCAGGUCUGCCGAGCCAUGAUCGAAGACAAGGGUCACCGUGUGACCGACUACUUUGUGGUGGCCGGCUUGACUGACAAGUCCACGUCUCUGGAGCAGGACCUGUCGGAGACUAAGUCCAGCGGGCCCAAGGCCCCCAUCACGGACCUAGCUGUCAUCAACAGGUCUGCAGGAGAAACCGUCCCUGAGGGCUUUACUUGCAUUGAGAACACCUACAGCGGCCAGCCAGCCAACCUGAACCAUGGCAGCCUCAAGAGUCCUGAGCUCUUCCUGUGCUACAAAAGAGGUCGGGGGAAACCUCCACUCACCGACAUCGGGGUGCUCUACGAGGGUAAGGAGCGUCUGAUCCAGGGCUGUGAGGUCAUCAAGGCCACUCCGUACGGCCGCUGCGCCAAUGUCAACAACAGCUCCACCACAUCACAGCGCAUCUUCAUCACUCUCCGUCGAGCACAUCCUGUCCAACCUCAGAACUCCCUGGCAGUGACGGACAUCUGUGUCAUCAUCGCCAGCAAGGGGGAGACGCCGCCUCACACCUUCUGUAAGGUGGAGAAAAACCUCAACUGUGGCAUGUGGGGCUCCAGCGUGUUCCUAUGCUACAAGAAGUCUGUAUCAGCAUCCAACUCUAUAAGUUACAAAGCAGGUCUAAUCUUUCGCUACCCUGAAGAAGACUAUGAGUCUUUUCCCCUAUCGGAGUCUGUUCCUCUUUUCUGUUUGCCCAUGGGUGCCAAGAUCGAGUGCUGGGCACCAAACACGCGUGACCCUCUACCCGUCUUCUCCACGUUUGUUUUAACUAUCAGUUCUGGUGAAAAGGUGUAUGGAUCAGCCAUCCAGUUCUACGAGUCGUAUUCCAUCAAUCUUCUGAGUGAGAAGCAGAAGAUCCAGCUAGGUCUUCUCACUGCUGUGGAGAAGAAGGUGAUCCCCAACCGGUCCGUGAACACAAACAAGUGCAUCUGCCUGCUGUCCCGCUGGCCUUUCUUCGAGUCCUUCCGCAAGUUCCUGAUGUUCAUCUACAAGCUCUCUGUCUCGGGCCCACACCCGCUGCCCAUCGAAAAGCACAUCUCACACUUCAUGCACAACGUUUCAUUUCCUUCCCCCCAGAGACCCAGAAUUCUCGUCCAGCUCUCGGUACACGACACUUUGAUCCUCUCCCAGCCCGUGUGUACUCCUCUACCCCUCAGUGGGGCCGACUACGGCACUCUGCUGAUGAAUCUGGGCUCAGAGAACUGUGCCACACUGCUGCACUUUGUUCUGCUGGAGAGCAAGAUCCUGCUGCACUCGCUCCGGCCCGCCGUGCUCACUGGAGUGGCCGAGGCCGUGGUGGCUAUGAUCUUCCCCUUCCAGUGGCAGUGUCCCUACAUCCCCCUGUGUCCCCUCUCCUUAGCAGAUGUCCUCAAUGCCCCAUGUCCAUUCAUCGUGGGCGUCGACUCUCGUUACUUUGACCUGUACGACCCUCCGCCAGAUGUCGUCUGUGUGGAUCUGGAUACCAACACUAUCUACCUGUCUGAUGAGAAGAGACACAGUAACUGGAAGAACCUCCCAAAGAAACCCUGCAAGGCUCUGAUCCACACACUGAGCAACUUGCAGCACCAGCUGGCCACUGUGUCGGUACGUCAGGCUCCACACGAGGAUUCUGCCCUAGACCUGACCCCCAUCGAUGCUGACUUCACGUGGCACAAGAAGAAGAUGGCCCUGGAGAUGGAGAUCCAGGAAGCCUUCCUUCGUUUCAUGGCCUCCAUCCUGAAGGGCUACCGGUGCUACCUCAAACCCAUCACCCAGGCGCCAUCCGAGAAGGCCACGGCUGCGGACUCCCUUUAUGACCUGCAAGGUUUCCUGAAGAGCAGGGACAGAGCCCAUCAGAAGUUCUACUCCCAGCUCACCAAGACCCAGAUCUUCAUCCGCUUUAUUGAGGAGUGCACCUUCGUCAGCGACAAGGACACCGGUUUGGCGUUUUUUGACGACUGUGUGGAGAAGCUUUUUCCCUCUGAUAAAAUCACCGACAAGGGCACCAAGGUUGAAGGGGACUCGUCUGAGGACACGAAGCUGCUGGAGCUGGAUGAAUCUCAGAAGAGUGAACACACGGUCUUUGUGAUGCCUCCUGAGCCUCCAGCUGACAACGGACCGGAACCUGCUCCUCGCUACACUUAUAAAGGUUUCCCUAAGCUGCAGAUGGAUCUGUUCGACCGUCCCAGAGAGUUGCGUCCAGCUCUAAGGACCAGUGCAGCGGGGGCGAGUCUCUCCAGCAGCCCCGCUCUACUGGCUAAACGAACCAAGCAGGAGAUCAAACUAGCGUCCAAGAUGGCGAAACGGUUCUACUCCAACCCGCCUUUGUGGGCGCGCUGCCUGUUCAGCCAUUGCUACAGCCUGUGGUUCAUCGCCCUGCCUGCCAGCGUCCGGCUGGCCAAGUCCAAGAGCCGGGCCAUGCAGCAGGCCUACAACAUGCUGCUGAACAUGAGGACCAAGGAGGUGGAGGUGCUCGAUGAGGUGUGUUACAGGGUGGUGAUGCAGCUCUGUGGUGUGUGGGGUCUUCCUGUCAUGGCUGUGCGAGUCCUGGUGGAGAUGAAGAAAGCUGGAGUUCAUCCCAACGCCAUCACCUAUGGAUACUACAACAAGGCCGUCUUGGAGAGCCCGUGGCCCAGCCGUAACCGUAGCGGCCAUUUUAUGUGGACUAAGCUGCGUAACGUCGUCCGAGGAGUGGCUCAGUUCAAGCAAACUCAAAUCCAAACGCCGUCCACGAUAGUUACCACAGAUGCCUCAGUGAAGGAAUCGGUAGCCACAGAUGUUGAUGACUUGAGUCACGGAAGUGCUCACAGCUCAAGUGAAGUCAUCGGUGAGGAGCACAAUGAGGAUGCAUCAGACGGGCACUGUAACACAGGAAGACAGUCUGACCAAGGAUAUGGGUCUAAGGACGAGUUACACCAGGAAUUGGCUGAGCCUUCUCCUUCUGAUGAUGCUGCUGACCAGACGAACAAAGAAGAAACGGACCAUAACGUAGGGGACAUUGCUGGCUCGGUGGACAGUGCUUUAGCAGUGGCAGAGCCCCCCAGUCCUGUUGAAGUGUCCUCACCUGUCCCCAGUAUUGUUAAACUGUCCACAGGAAGCUUUGAUGGUGGCAGGGAAACUACGAAGGUGAAGCUGUUCAGGAGGCACAGUAAGAACGACAGCGUGUCUCUGACUGAUGAGGACUCUGCUCCAGCAGCGGGAGACACAGUGGCUCAGACCCAGCAGCAGCAGCGGCAGAAGGCCUUCUCCGAGCGCAGCUGCAGCUUCAGUGUUGAGAGUCGAGCUGGUAUGCUCCUGGAGAAAGGCGUGGACCACAUGGCCAGCCAAAUGGGCGCUGACGCUCGUAUCCUGGCUGCAGUGCUCUCUGAAGCUAAAACUCCACCAGCCAUCAGUGUGUCCAAAGCUCUUUUUGAAGACCUGGAGGAGGAGCCUGAGGAUGGAAAGGGUUCGUCGCAUAAGAAACUUGUAGAGGGAGGAGUUGCGGGAGCGUUGGAGGAAAGCAAAGGAGACGAGGAAGAGGGGAAGGCAGCUCAGGGACAGGAGAAACGUGAGAGGAAGCAAACUGAAACACAAGAGGAGGAGUCUGGGCUGAGAGGAGCUACCUUAGAGAGGGCAGAUGUGGAGGCGGGGGCCGACCCGCUCUCCCUCCUGGUGUCAGAGAGUGAGGAAUCGGCUUCUGUGAGCAGCCAGGAGCCGCCACGCGGCGUGCCAGCAGUUGUGUCCCGUAACCUGGCUGAGGAGAUUGAAAUGUACAUGAGUCUACGAGGUCCUACAGGUGCAAAGUCCUCCAGCAUGGAGCUGCAGCCGUCCCAGGAAGACUCCAGCGACGGCCCUCCGCCCCAGAAGCCCCUGGAGCGACGGUCCAGCCUCCCUGUAGCACCUGUUAAAACUCCAUCCAGCUCACCAGGAGAUACGCCCAAACGCAGCCCCAACACCGUUACUCGCUCAAAGACUUUUGCAAUAAAAACCAAAACUCCUGGAAUCACCACAGCGAGUCCUGGACCCAGAUCUACGUCUCUGACGGCUCUGGUCAUGUCCUCACAGGGAGCGUCGCUGGGCUCCGUCAUCAACACCAUUUCUGGCAUCAAAAUGGACAACUUGUUGUCGGGUCCCAAAAUCAAUGUGCUGAAAUCAGGCAUGAAGCAGGCAGCAAACGUGGCCAGCAAAAUGUGGGGCGCCGUGGCGUCGGCAUACUACUCCGACGACGAGGAGGAGCAGGCUGUGGGCGGGGGAGGGUUCCCAGCCCACCUGGAUGAACACAUGCUGCCUGCACAGGACCUGGACCAGAGUCCUGAGAGAAGAGCCGUUCCAGGUCUGGUGUCUAACGGUCUGAACCAGAGCUGCACCAGCCUGGGCAGCAGCAGCGGCAGCAGCGACACCGGCAGAGGGACUCAGACACACCCAACUCCAGGGCGAGCUGGCAGGGGCCCAGACUCUGAGCAGAGCUCCUCACAUCACGCUUCCUCCUCCAGCAUCUACCAGAAUUGUGCUCUUGAAGUGCUGAUGUCCAGUUGCUCUCAGUGUCACUCCUGUGAAGCUCUGGUGUACGACGAAGAGAUCAUGGCAGGAUGGACAGCAGAUGACUCCAAUCUCAACACCAACUGUCCUUUCUGUCGCACAGCCUUCCUCCCUCUGUUGCACAUUGAGUUUCACGACCUGCGCUCAAUGUCUGACUUGUACAUGAAUCCCAGUGCCUCAGGAGACAGCAUACACAGCACCAGUCCUCAGCCUACAACUAGCGGCUCAGCUGAAAUGAAAACCCCAGACCUAAUCUCUUUCUCUGAGGAGGAGCCCAAGGAGGCUUCAAAUGGUCCACCUGGAACACAGAAGAGUCUGGUCCCAGAGCCGGUCCAGUCCGACCCCCUGGGUCUCCUGGGGCACCAGGCAGCAGGUAAGCAGCAGAAGUGCAGCGGCACUUCACUGACGCGCAGCAACAGUGUUGGAGGUCCGCUGCAGAGCUUGGACUACUCCCAGAGACCGGGUCACGGCGUCUCCACCACCAGCCUGCCCUGUAGCCUGCAGGAGAUGUCGGACGGCAUCGGACAAAAGCGUCCAAAUCCCAAGCCUGUUUCUGUGCCGUACCUGAGCCCCCUGGUCCUGCGCAAAGAGCUGGAGACCCUGUUGGAGAACGAGGGGGAUCAGGUCAUCUACACACACAAGUUCCUCAGCCAGCAUCCCAUUAUCUUCUGGAACCUGGUGUGGUAUUUCCGCCGCCUGGACCUCCCCACCCACCUGCCGGGUCUCAUUCUGAACUCUGAACACUGCAACAAUGGAGUACAGCUUCCCCUGGCGUCCCUGUCUCAAGACAGUAAACACGUUUAUGUACAGCUGCUGUGGGACAACAUCAACCUGCACCAGGAACCCGGAGAACCUCUGUACCUGCUCUGGAGAACCUUCUUGGAGAAGAAGGGGACUUUGGCUCCAACGGACCACCAGGAGAUCCGAAUCCUCCUGAACACCAUCGUCCGUAACAUCCAGACGAACGACGUCUACGGCCCCAUCAACCUGCUGAUCCGAGAGAUCAAACGGCAGCCAGAUAGAGUCAAACGACAGAGGAGUAUAUACAGAGAAAUCCUCUUCCUGUCACUGGUAGCCUUGGGACGGGAGAACAUCGACGUGGAGGCCUUCGACCGUGAGUACCGCCAGGCGUACGACGAGCUGAGCCCGGAGCAGCUCAAGUCUCUGCAGCGCAUCGAUCGCCCGCCCACCUCCAGUAUCCAGUGGUGCCUUAAAUGUUUUGGACCCCCUGUCAUCUGAGCCGCUCGGAUCUCAAGAACGCUGUAGAAAAUCCCUCCAGUCGCUGAACGUGGUACUCGUGUCUUUGAAGCUGCGGUUCCCCUGCAUCUCUCCUGUUGUAUUUUCGCUCUUCUCAUGCAGCGGUGAUGUUUUAGGUCUCGUUGAGCCACGUUUCACGACCAUAACCGAACAGAAUGUCCACGAGUGGAUUUACUAACCGUCUCCAGGUCAGAUGCAGAGCACAGGAAACCGACAGUUUUUGUGCUCCUUCUGUAAAUAUACAUGUUUGUACAUACGUUUCCAUUUGAGUGAAGCCUGAAACCUUAGGUGCCUGUUUUUGUUGAUUCUCACCCGAGUCUUAACGAUCGUGAAGCUGUGUGAGUACACGAACUCACGCUGCCGACGUCUGGCGAAGCCCGAGCAUGAAGGAACCCCACACUUCUGAUUCUGUUAACAUCCAGACUAACACGGGGAGAGAUGAACAGCAGCUCGGCGUGUUGUGCGUAACUUUUGAUAACUGCUGGUUUUUUCCCCCCAACAGUAACAUCCUGUUCUAGUAGAGCUGAAACCGUAGGACCGGUCCAGACCAGGGCCGUUGUUUCUCUAGCGUAGGGGAGUUUUAACGUAGACUGGGUGUUGUUUUAGCGUUAGCCCAGUGUUUUUGAAUGUUAGCGAGGGUAGAAGCACAUAGAGCGAAGAGCUUAGUGCUGAUGCUGCGAGAGGAGAUGUGACAUUCCACUAAAUGCUGAAGCAGACAGUAAAUCGGAAUAGUGCUGUGAUGAGCUAUUGGGAAAAGGAUUGUGGAUUUUGUUUAUACAUUCUGGGAGAGUUCACUUGUACAGAUUAGAUCAUGUAAAAUAUUCCAUUUGCACUGCUUAGAUUAAGAUCUGAGAAUAAGAUUAUUCAUUAAAAUAACAUUAAACAGUUGUGUCCAAAAAUUUAAAAAAUAAUUCUGCUAUUUAUUUUUGUAUUAUUGACAUUUGGAUUGCAGAUGGUUUGGUGGCAAUGGAUUUUUAUAACUAAUAGCAUCCUGUUCCCUUUAAAUCUGUCUUACUGGACUCAUCCUGUACUGACUUUGUACAUUUAAUUUCCUUGGCUGUACAGAAAAAAACUUUUUUUUUUUUAAGUAAUAGAUUACCAUCCUGUGGAAAGGAAAUGAAUGUCUGUCCUGAACUGUGCUGCAAUAAACGAGUUUGUGAACUGAUUGAAAACAAA